AUGCACAAUGUUCUUGGAGUUGAUUUGACUAUUACUAACAUAUUGGAAAGCCAUAUGGACUUAACUGUUCAUUGCAAAUCUGCUGAUGAUGAUCUUGGGGUUCGUGUUCUUCAAUUUAAUCAGAGGUUUGGUUUUUCUUUUAAAGAUCGUUUUAUUGGGAGAACACAAUUCUAUUGUUCUUUUCAAUGGAAUGGUGAAAUUAAAUGGUUUGACGUAUACAUAGAAGGUAGAGGUGAAUAUAAAGGUGAACAUGUCAAUUGGUUUAUAGAGGAAACAGGACCAUGUAGGAGUGGUAUUUGCUAUGAGUGGAAUAAGUAA